UGUGUUUUCAAACGUCAAACUGUUCUAUUGUUUAACAUUAUUUUUGGAGAAGAUUUUUUAUUAUUACAACAAUUUUCCACUGGAGAGCACGCUUUUUAAAACUUUACUCUUGCAACAAUGAAUCGCAUACACGACAAUAAUUAUGAUCCCUGCGACCCAGAGGAUAUCGAAGAGGAGCAAAAUAACUUCUUGUGCAUAUUGGCUGCUUUUAAAAAUUAUCGAAACUAUUCAAUGGGUCGUGUGGCUAAUACCGAAAAAUAUCUGAACACACUACCGAAACCACAUCAACAGAUGUUGUCACAGUACCGAGAUCAUUUGACCAAGAUCCGUUAUUGCAUAGACGAGAACGAGAAGGUGAUCCAACGCAUUUUGCAGGACGUUGACAAAAUUUUCCAAAACGAAAAUCAAACGGUCGUUCGACCUGAUAACGAACAAGUGGUUCGUGUCCGCGAAAUGGACUUGGACAAGGUCCAAGUAACAUUGAAACAGUUUGCUCGCGACUGGAGCUCGGACGGAGAGGAGGAACGGACACAAUGUUACAAACCGAUCAUUGACGAAAUUCUGAGUCAAUUCAAUCCCGCCGACGUGGACGUCAGUCAAAUCAAAGUACUUGUACCUGGAGCUGGUCUCGGCCGAUUAACCUACGAAUUGGCGCGACGCGGUUACUACUGCGAAGGCAACGAGUUUUCGCUGUUCAUGUUGAUCGCAUCGAAUUUUGUGCUAAACAAAUGCGUCAUCGACAACCAGUACACCAUUUAUCCGUGGGUGCAUCAGUACGUGAACAAUGCGAAGCGAGAGGAUCAAGUGAACUCGAUCACAUUUCCAGACGUUAGUCCGACGCAGGAUCCACCGACUGGCGAGUUUCAUAUGAUAGCUGGCGACUUUUUACAAGUGUACAAAGAAGUUGACUAUUGGGAGUGUGUAGCCACCUGCUUUUUCAUCGAUUGCGCAAACAAUGUGGCUGAAUUCAUCCAGAACAUAUACAACAUUCUCAAACCUGGCGGCAUUUGGGUCAAUUUGGGACCGUUACUGUACCAUUACAGUGAUGUACAACAUGAGGGCAGUGUGGAGCCCACCUACGAAGACUUGGUCAUUAUAAUCAAGUCGCUUGGAUUUGAGAUACUGAAAAAUCAGACUGGUGUCAAAACCAAAUACGCGCAGAAUCCGCGAUCAAUGCAACAGAGCGAAUAUUUGAGUGUGUUCUUCGUGUGCCGUAAGCCGUUAGUGUCGGCAGCAAGCGGUGUGGUUGAGAAUGGAUUUUCGGACGACAGUGUCAACGACAAUGUGUAACCAUUUUUUUUAAAGAGGACGGGGACUGCUAAUUUUUAAUGACAUUCUUUUAAUAUGACCACCAAAGCCAUACGAGGAGUUAAAUCUCCAUCAAUACGAUGAAGAAAAAUGCGAACAACAAUUAAUGUUAGAAUACGGCUACUCAAUACAUAACACAAAAUUUUCGUUUCCUUUCUGUUUUACCUCAUCGACGGAUUCGUCGACUUUUUCUAUUUAUUGAAAUUCGAAUUUAAAAAUUGCACAAACAAUUGGGCCGCAGUGUCCAAAUUGCUUCCGGUCGAUGUGUGUAGUUUGUUGUAAUUCAAAAACUGGCGACGCAAACGAUUCAGUUGGCUGGCAUUCAUGUCGGACGGAACGUUUAUCGUUAGCGAGUUUUUGUAUUUAACCGGACCAACGACACCGAUCUUACGCGAUGCGGUGACGGUGCUAAUAACGUCCUGCGUCAAUUUGUCGAGUUCGAAGAGGUAGUUGGUUGCGCUAAGCGGAGCCUAAAUGCGAAUUUGAAAUUUUUUUAUUAUUUUUAAUGAAAGAAAUUCCUAAUUUUAACCAAUGAAACAACAUACACACACAUAAACAAACGAAUGACUCAAUUCAUUCGAACAAAAUUUAAAUUUUCAUUUUAAACUAAACAAAGAACAAUGAACCAAUGAACUGUACAAAUAAAAACUAAUUUACAAAUUGA